AUGUCUCGAGUCUGGGAUCCUAGUCGGGCUGCAUGGCUGUACCCGAUUCGGGGCAUCUUCUACUUUGCGUCUAACCGGUUCCUCUGGCCCCUCUUCAAGGCCCGCCUCCUUCCUAUCGUCCUCUUAUCGACAUUCAUUUACUUCAUUCUGUUCUUCUUCACAUACCUACCUCAGGUUGCCUUCCUCGCCAUCUUCCAGGGUACCUCGGCGUGGGUGAGCGGUGCAUUCCUAGUCCUCGGUGAAGGAGCCGCCAUCGUGGCCGCCCUCUUCGAGGCAUUCUUCGUGGAUGAGACCCUGGUGGAUAUCUUUGAUGCUGUGCUGGUCAAUGAGGGUCAAGAGGAGCUCGUCACAACAUCCCGAGUUAUCUACCCGGAGCCUGGGGACCCAGCCAAGCGACUCGGCACCCCGACCACCAGCGCCAUCUAUUCUCCCUUUUCGCUCCGACAGAUCGCCGAGUUCAUUAUCCUGCUGCCGCUGAUCUUCAUACCGGUCGCCGGUACCCCCAUGUUCCUUGUCUUGACCGGGUAUCGUGCGGGUCCCUUCCACCACUGGCGUUAUUUCCACCUGUUGGACAUGUCCAAGCAACAGAGAAAGGACAGUAUCAGUCGACGCCAGUUGCAGUAUACCACUUUCGGAACUGUUGCUCUGAUCCUCCAAUUGAUCCCGCCUUUCUCCAUGUUGUUCCUGAUGACCACGGCUGCUGGGUCAGCCCUUUGGGUGACUGAUCUCGAACGCAAGCGUCGCGCUGCCAACCAACAGUCCAAUCGGUUGGGGGAACAAUACCGUGAUGAUAUAAUGCCAUGA